AUGGUUAAAAGCCAAAUAGGUGCACGUGGAGGUUAUUACUUCCCAUUAAUAUUUACUUUAUUUAACUUUAUAUUAAUUGCUAACUUAUUAUCAAUGAUACCUUACUCAUUUGCAAUCUCAGCUCAAUUAAUAGCUAUUAUUUCAUUAAGUGUUACUUUAAUAGGUUUAUCUACUCAUGGUUUAGGUUUCUUUGCUUUAUUUGUUCCUACUGGUACUCCUUUACCUUUAGUUCCUGUUUUAGUUUUAAUCGAAACUUUAUCUUAUAGUUCUAGAGCUAUUUCUUUAGGUUUACGUUUAUCUGCUAACAUUUUAUCUGGUCACUUAUUAAUGUUAAUUUUAGGUUCAUUAAUAUUUAACUUAAUGGGAUCUUCUAUUGUAGGUUUCAUUGGUGGUUUCAUCCCUAUGAUAGGAGUUAUCGCUAUUGUUACUUUAGAGUUCGCUAUAGGUAUGAUACAAAGUUACGUUUUCUGUAUCUUAUUUAGUGGUUAUAUUAAAGAUGCUAUUUACUUACACUAG